AUGGUCCUAAUAAAAUUGUACAUUGAUACUUUAGUAUAUUUCCCAGAUUCAAAAAUUUUUCAUGAAAACCAAAAAGGAAUAUUACGUUAUAUCUCUUUUAAAUUCCUUUGCUUUAGUUUAUAUAUAAUUGGAUUUUAUUAUGCUUUUCUGAAUAAUUCUUUAGAAAAUAGCAGUUUAGAAAUAGCUAAAAAUUGUAAUUUAUAUAAACGCAAUUUAGGUGAAGCACAAACAAAAAAUAAGGGACCAAAGUGGAAAAGAUAUUUAAAAUAUAAAAAAGAAGAUCUAAGCAAAACUAAAUACAAUACAAAUAAUAUUAAAAGUAAUGAACAAAGUGUACAGGAAAAUAAAUAUUGUACUAAUAAUGAAAUAAAGAACAAUAAUGUGGAAAAUAAAAGUAAUAUUUCAAUAAGUAAUAUAAAUUAUAAUGAUUUGUCAAAGAAUUUAACAGAAAAGGAAUUAUGUGAUGUAUUAAAUUCAUUAAAAGAAUGUCCACCCAAAGAAGAUCUUAGAAAUAUAUGGAAUCACACAGUGGGUGUGGCAAAAGAAGGUUUGGAUGAUAUACAGAAAGAGUUAAAGGCAUCAAUACAGAAGUAUUUAGAUAAUGAUAUUUAUGUACAAAAUGAAAGAAAUAAUUCUAAGACCUAUGUAUAUGGAAAUAUAUGGGAUCAAAAUAUUUCAAUAUUUUAUAAAACAUUAGGAACAGAAGAAAUUUUAUACGCUAAAAAUUUUUUUAGUCUAAUUAAUGGUAAACAUACACUUGAUGAUAUAUUAAAAUUUCUGUAUUCAUUUAUAGAACAUUUCAAAACAUUAAAAAAACAGUUACAUCAAUAUCAUCAAAAGGAAAUCUUAAAAGAUAUGGAAUUAGAACAUAAUAGAACGAAAAGUAAGAUCUAA